CAUCACAGCCCUCGCACUAAAUUUGUAUAUAAUAUUAGACCUUAGGUCGCUUGGUAUUUUGUCACUCGUAAAUAUUUGACUUUUUGAACGUCUUUCAUCCCGAUACUAGUGAGACUUCGUUGUUCAACUACAUGAUUCGAAUAUUUUUUCCCUGCAUCGUGGGCUAAUCAUAGCUCUAUAAUUUAAAUAGAACCAGAAUUUAUAUAGCGCCUAUCACAAUCCGUAGAUUAUGCAAGGCGAUUAUACAAGGCGCUGCCGUCAUUAUUGUCACUGGAUACUGAGUUGGCAGACCCGCACAUUGUGCAACUUUUUCUGCGCCUUUGGGAGUAUCCCUGGUCACUACUGCUUGCACGUCCACGACCCAUAAAUUCAAGGCCAUACCAUCCUACCAGGCAUCCCUUUAUACUCCUGUGUGGAGAGAGGCAAACACUGCUUUGGAGAUGACGAGCAAUAAUUCACCUCAUGGCAUAGAUAAUGCAGGUGUUGAUAGUGAUGACUGCAAUCAAGAAUCAAAUGACGUCCCAAAACCAGUAAGCGGACCCCAGGAGUCAUCUGGCUGUUCCAAUACUGCUUUGGAGAUGAAGAGAGGUUCUCAUAGUGAUGACUGCCAUCAAGAAUCAAAUGACGUCCCAGUAUCAGUAAGCGAACACCAGGAGUCAUCUAGCUGUUCCAAUACUGCUUUGGAGAUGAAGAGCAAUAAUCCUCUUCAUGUCAUAGAUAAUGCAGGUUUUGAUAGUGGUGACUGCAAUCAAGUAUCAAAUGACGUCACAGAACCAGUAAGCGAACCCCAGGAGUCAUCUGGCUGUUGGAAUAUCAUAAACUCAUGGUCUAGCUCAUUUUCUACAUUCUUAAACAAAAAUAAAACCAUAAUUGGGAACGUAACGAAGACUAUUUUCCUAGUAGCAUAUAUUGCAUAUUUCUCAUACGCAUGCUACUAUGACUGGGAGAGUGCGCAGAUUCUAGCAAUAUGGACCGGAAUCAUUGCUUUUGUGUUACUUUAUUCUCUGAUACGAGACACCUUCGGAAAACAGAUCAACAAAGCCUGUUGUAAGCCCAUAUCCAACAAAUGGCAGGACAACUGGAGAUAUAUUAAAUGGCCGUUGUUUGGUCUCAUCAUUGCUGGACUCAUUGUUGCUUUAGUGUUUUUAACCCUGGGAAGCCCAGAACAGCUUAUUUCUGCCGCCGGGCUGGUAAUAUUUGUCUUACUCACCUUCCUAUUCUCGAAACACCCACGUCAGGUAAAAUGGCGCCCAGUUCUUUGGGGUUUGAUGCUGCAGUUUUUGCUUGGCUUGUUUGUCCUUCGCACUGAUCUUGGGUUCACCAUAUUUGAAUGGUUAGGUGACAUGGCAACCAUUUUCCUCGAAUUCACCGAUGUGGGUUCCGAAUUUGUAUUUGGUGCAUCUUAUGAGGAACAUUUUUUUGCUUUCAAGGUCCUUCCAGUCGUCAUCUAUUUCAGUAGUGUGAUAUCGGUUUUGUACUACCUAGGAGCCAUGCAGGUUAUCAUAAAGAAGAUAGCUUGGUUGAUGCAAAACACGAUGAAAACUUCAGCCAGCGAGUCUCUUAAUGCUGCUGGAAACAUAUUUGUUGGGCAGACAGAAGCCCCGCUCCUGAUUCGCCCAUUCCUUAAGGACAUGACGUUAUCAGAACUCCAUGCUGUCAUGACUGGAGGGUUCGCAACCAUCGCUGGCAGCGUCCUUGGAGCAUAUAUCUCAUUUGGUAUCGAUGCAUCACAUCUAAUCAGUGCGUCUGUAAUGUCAGCACCGGCUGCUUUGGCUAUAGCCAAAUUGUUCUGGCCAGAAACUGAAGAAUCGCAGACUGCCACUGAGGACCAAUUUGAUAUACCAAAAAGCGAAGAAAGAAAUGUAAUCGAGGCUGCAUCAUUCGGUGCUUCGACAGCAGUGUCUCUUGUAGGAAAUAUUGCGGCAAAUUUGAUUGCGUUCCUUGCCAUCUUAGCCUUCUUGAAUGCCCUGCUCACGUGGUUUGGUGGUCUUGUAGGGCUUGAUGAUCCGCCUCUAACUUUCGAGCUAAUCUGUUCAUAUGUGUUUGUGCCAGUGGCGUUCAUUAUGGGCGUCGAGUGGGAAGAUUGCCGGGAAGUUGCCGAGUUGAUUGGCGUCAAGACAUUCAUUAACGAGUUCGUGGCCUACGAACGUCUUGCAGUUUUAAUAGAGGAGGGAGCAUUAUCGAAACGGUCAGAGAUCAUAGCAACGUAUGCUCUCUGUGGGUUUGCUAACAUAGGGUCAAUUGGGAUCCAACUUGGAGGGCUAACACCAAUGGCACCGGAGAGAAAAGGCGAUCUUGCUAAAGUUGCAAUACGCGCCCUCAUCGCUGGAACAACUGCUUGUUUUAUGACAGCUUGUAUUGCCGGGGUGUUGUACGAAAUACCGGUGGAAGAAGGGACGCCAGGAAAUGCAACGUCUGUUAUGACGGUACUUUAAGGAUGCCGUUUAAUUAAUUAAUCUUUUACAUUCUGUAAAUAGUGAAAUCAAUCAAUUGAGACUGACUGUGUUUUUUGCGAUAUUAUUUUAUGAUGAAUUAUUGCCUUAUGUUAAAUUAUGAGGGCGAAGCCAAGUUGGGCUUUUACGCCGAUCGAAUUUGAUAUAGCACAGAGCCUGUAUAAUAGGGUCUGUCAUAUAGCCUACGUAUUUGAUUUUCGACUAAAAAUAUGAUGUAUAUUUAUGUAAUAUACCUGUAGAUAACUGUAGUACUAAUAGCAAUAUUUUUGACAAAUAUUAAAAUUUAAAUAUUAAAACGAUUUGAGUUACACGAGUUAACUGUGUCACUCUCGGACGAUCAAGUAUUGAUUAUUCAUUAGUUUAUAUUUAAUAAAAUAUGUCAUAUACACUUUUACGCUUUUACGCUGAUCGAAUUUGAUAUAGCCACAGAGCCUGUAUAAUAGGGUCUGUCAUAUAGCCUACGUAUUCGAUUUUCGACUACAAAUAUUAUGUAUAUUUAUGUAAUAUCCCUGUAGAUAACUGUAGUACUAAUAGCAAUAUUUUUGACAAAUAUUAAAAUUUAAAUAUUAAAACGA